ACGUUUAAACAACUAAAUGCCAAAAAAGUACUUAGGUCAGGGCCAGGUAGGAGGGGCAGAAGCCAAUGGUAACAAGUAGCAUCACUGUUAACCCACAAAGUUCUGGGAAUUUCCUUGAAAGUCUGAUUAGAGAAUCAUGUCCCCAACAAUUAACAUUUCUUUUGUUUCUGUUUGUUUGUCUGUUUGAAUCUAAGAAAAUACUAAUUGUCCCAGGAUAGAAUAUUUAUCUGAUGAGCAUAUAGAAGUUAAGGGCUCCUUGGAGUCACAGUGCUGGGUUUGGGUCUCACCCCUCCUCCUACCUGCCUCUCUCAGCCUCGGUUCCUCAUCUGUAGAAUGGGUACAUUCCCAACCUCAUGUGUCUGUGGCAAUCAGGGUUAAAUGGGCUAAUGACUCUAAAGUGCCCCGUGCAGGCCUGGCAGGUACUGAGCAACCUUGGGUCAUAGCAGGAGCACUGACUUGGGAGUCAAGAGCUGGGACCGCCGGUCCUAUUCUCCAGGGAUCCAGGAGAAGUCCCUUGGCUUCCCUGAGCUUCAUCCACCCCACGUGCUAGUGAGGUGGCUGGACCAGUCAGGCCAAGGAUGUCCCUGCAGCUCUCUAACUUCCCCUUACUCCCUGCUCAGCAAAGGGCAGGCACUGGGCCUGGUCAGGCUCCCACAAAGCCCAGGCGUGGCCGUGCUCAGCUCAGAGCGGGUGUGGGGGAUGCGUUUCUGCCCUCAGAGGACUGAGCUCCAGUUUCUUUCUUCACUGAGCCCUUUACUCUCUGCCUGCGGGUGGUUAUUUAAGACAUCUCCCGCCUGCAGGGGCCUCUUAAAGAACAAACAGGGAUCGUUCCUUCAGCUGCAGCGCAGGCUUUACUGGGCUUGUUCCUGCCUUAAGUGGCCAGAUCCUCCCUGAAUGGAGUCGCCCCACAGGCCCCACACCCAGAGAGGGGCAGCCAGAGGCCUCCGAGGCUCUGCCCAGCUUGUCCUGAAUGUGCUCCCUGCCCUGAGUGGAGCGCUCACAGCUCCCUACAUCAAGGUUUCUGUCUCCCUAAGGAUCUUCCUCUUAAAAAACCUUCUUCUCCCAGAUCCCACAAACUGACAUUAUAAAAACACAAACACCCAAUAAACACCACGUAAACUGAUCACACACAGAUAAUAUCCAAAAAGAAGAACUCGUAUAACCACUUUAAACUAUAAAACAUGUCUGUUGGGAUUUGUGGGAGAUCAUGGAUCACAGCCUCCCCCUGCUCCUGGUUCAGCACCGUGAGAAAUGGAAGCAGGGUUCACCCGGGGGACGGGAAAGCAUCAGCUGCCACUCAUGAGGCUGGGGGCAGGGAAGCCCCUCGUCCGCGGACACAAACAGGCGUCCUGACAUGACUUCCAUGAGCAGAAGCGUCCAGACAGAGCUGGAAAGCUGACCUCACAAGGCUGAGGACCGGCCGUGAGCUCUGCCUGACUGCAGAGAAGGAAAGUUCUCUUCUUGCAACCUCAAAUCUUCCAGGUAAGAACCGAACGAAAUCCGGCCUUUGUGUUCUCUCCACCAGCUCCCGGCUCACCCACCCAGCAGCUCAGUACCUGUGAAAUCCGUCUCCCGAUGCACACUUGCUAACCGGGGCGGGGUGGGGUGUGAGCACGACGAUGGGAAACAGCGGGAGUCCCCUGAGUGCAGACUCAGGAGUGAACCUGCCUGAAGAGUGGCAUCUAACGCACACGCUGUGGUCAACUCCACUCCACUCUGGGUCCCAAGAAUAGGAGCAAAUGUGUAUUUAGCUUGCAGGGCAGGUGUUUCAUCCACAUUAUUGCAGGAACAGAUGAAUUUAACUAACAGAACAGCACAGUGGGCACCUCUUCCAGGGAUGCCUCCCUUAGGAACAUGACACCGAGAUGAUCAAGAUUCUAAAAGGGCGAUCGAAUUACUCUCCGAAAAUGAAACUGCUCAGACAGAAUGACAAUUAAAUUAAUAACAACGAAGACAAUGCCCAGAUUUCAUCUCAGCUCACAGCCCUCCUGUGUGCUGUGUGAUGGGGUUCUUGGGGAUGACUCCAGAUGCAGGGAAGAGUCAGGAUUCAUCCACAAGGGUGAGCUGACUGUCAGCAUGAGGGUCCCCUACAGUGGAGCUUGCCAAGGUCCGUGGCUCCCAGGGGACCCGUUCCAGGGCUCACAGAUGAAGCAUGGAAAUGCUGUGUGGAGUGAGCCAAGCAGCCGUUCUCAGGAGAAAACAGACAAAUCCUCCUGCGUCCUGGCGAACCAGCUUUGUGGCCUGUUUUACGUCAUCUUUGCUGAGCUCCACCGGGUCACCCCUCCUGCUGGCUUUGUGAUACUGACAUUUCAGGCACUGGCGCAGAUACACUGGCCUUCCUGGCUGGGAUUCCACGGGUGGAGUGAGCGGUGCUGGCUUGGAGGAGCCGUGGCUGCACAGGGCCUGUGCUCUCAGCUGAUCAGUGCCUGUCCUGACCCCAAAGGGCCCUCGCAGUACUGUUCGAAAUUGCUCUUGCCAUCUUUGGAACGGAUUCCUCAGUCCGUUUCAGACCCAUUGUUGUGACUUUGGUUUCAAUCCAGGGACACAGCUUGGCCAACGGACCGUCUCAACAACAUCUACGAUCGCUCUUUCCCAGAGACAGCAUCUCAGACACCGAUGCUGAAAGAGAAACAGCAGCCUGUUGCCAAGUGGUGGGAAAUAUCCAUUUGAACGGCAAUUUCAUAAGUGGCAGAUGAUUUUUAUUGUAAUUUUCUGGUGAGCCAAUUAAGUGGAGGCAGAGUCAGUUCUGAGGCAUCAAUGUCUUUAAUAACUCGGGGAGACCGAGGCCGUGCUCAGCAGGAACACCGAGUCCAUGGAAAACAGGCCCUGGGCCUGCUGAUGUGCAUAAUUCCACGUUUGCCCCUCACGUAACCAGAAUGGUAAAUUACAGGUGUCAGAUAAUCACGCUCUGGAGUGGCUGCUUGAGGAUGCGAUCGACCAAUUUAAGCUCCGUCUGACACAUGAUCAAUAGGCCGUGAUGCUGCAUGGAAUUGCAGGCACAGCGUCCAAACCUGUAGAGCAGUGGCUCCCAGCUGGGGCAACUUUGCCCCCCAGAGGACAUUUGGCAACAUCUGGAUAUGUUUGCAAUUGUCACAGCUAGGAGAGGGGGAUGCUAUUGGCAUCUGGUGGGCGAGGCCAAGGAUGCUGCUAAACCUCCCAUGAUGCACAGAAGUCCCCACAGACACAUCCUGUGCAGACUGUCCAUAAAGCCUAGAUGAGAUGCUCUGACUUAGUGCCACAGUGAACAUUCCACUCCAUCGUCUGGGUAUCUCCAGGGAUGUACGUAGCUGGACGUCUAGCUUUUCAUCUGGGUAUCACUGGCCUCACGCAGAACCAAAACUGUGUGUAGAUCGAAUCUCUUAUUUGCUCUGCCACUUCCUUUCAGUAAUUUUCUCCUUCUCACUAGUAUUUUCUGUUACUGGAGGAAUGGUAAGAAAACAUAAAAUACUAGAGAGUCACUAACGAUUUUGUUUUUGUCAAUAAAAAAGUAAUUUGCAAGUGACUCA